UGGUGAACAACGGCGAGGCCGGCUCYGGCUGCGAGAGUGAGAGCUGCCACCCAGGUGAGCGCUUCGAGUUCCCCGCCGUGGAGGAGGACGUGAUCUACGACGACGUCCCCUGCGAGAACCUCGAGGCUGAGCAGGACGGGCCCGAGCGCAGCCUCCUCUAUGAGGACGUGCAGCRGGGAGACGAGGGGCGGCGCGAGGCCGAGGAGCUGGGCUGGAGCUCCAGCGAGUUCGAGAGCUACAGCGAGGACUCGGGCGAGGAGGCCAAGCCGGAGGCCGAGCCCGUCAAGCACCGGGCCUCCUUCCAGCCCAAGCUUUCUCCAGACCUCCAUAGGCUAAAGGAGAGAUACGCCAGGACUAAGCGGGACAUCCUGGCACUAAGAGUUGGGGGGAGAGACAUGCAGGAGCUGAAGCACAAGUACGACUGGAAGAUGACUCAGCUGAUGAAGGCCGCCAAGAGCGGCACCAAGGACGGGCUGGAGAAGACCAAGAUCGCCGUCAUGAGGAAGGUGACCUUCCUGCAGCGGAAAGAGGUGCCAGGUGACUCGGAGGAGGAGGACACGGGCUUCCUGGAGGUGACCGUUUCCGACAUGAAGCACCCGCCGCCGGAGCUGAGCCCCAUGCCCGCGGGGCUGAGCGCCCAGCAGGUGGUGCGGCGGCACAUCCUGGGCUCCAUCGUGCAGAGCGAGAGGAGCUACGUGGACUCCUUGAAGCGCAUCCUGCAGGAUUACAGGAACCCCUUGCUGGAGAUGGAGCCCAAGGUGCUGAGCGCGAGGAAGUGCCAGCUGGUGUUCUUCCGGCUCAAGGAGAUCCUGCAGUGCCACUCCAUGUUCCAGAUCGCCCUGGCCUCCCGUGUGGCUGAGUGGGACGCCACCGAGAAGAUCGGGGACCUCUUUGUGGCCUCGUUCUCCAAGUCAAUGGUGCUGGACGUGUACAGCGAUUACGUCAACAACUUCACUGCGGCCAUGUCCCUCAUCAAGAAGGCCUGUCUCACCAAGCCUGCCUUCCUGGAGUUCCUCAAGAAGCGGCAGAUGGCCAGCGCUGACCGGGUCACGCUCUACGGGCUGAUGGUGAAGCCCAUCCAGCGGUUCCCGCAGUUCAUCCUGCUGCUGCAGGACAUGCUGAAAAACACCCCCAAGGGCCACGCAGAUCGGCUCUCCCUGCAGCUGGCCCUCACUGAGCUGGAGACGUUGGCUGAGAAGCUCAAUGAGCAGAAGCGYUUGGCCGACCAGGUUGCUGAAAUCCAGCAGCUGAGCAAGAGCCUCAGCGAUCGCAGCGGCCUCAACAAGCUGCUGAGCUCGGGCCAGCGGCAGCUCCUGCUCUGCGAGACCUUGACUGAGACGGUCUACGGGGACCGGGGGCAGCUGCUCAARUCCAAGGAACGCAAGGUCUUCCUGCUCAACGACAUGCUGGUCUGCGCCAACAUCAACUUCAAGGGGCAGCUGGAGAUCAGCAGCCUGGUGCCGCUGGGCCCCAAGUAUGUGGUGAAGUGGAGCACGGCACUGCCCCAGGUGCAGGUGGUAGAGGUGGGCCAGGAGAGCGGCGGCGGCCACGACAAGGACCACGCGGGCGGCCACGGUGGCCACAACGCCAGGAAGCACCCAGCUGCCAGCCAGGCCUCGCACAAUAAGGUCUACCUGGGGCCGCCACGGCUCUUCCAGGAGCUGCAGGACUUGCAGAAGGACCUGGCAGUGGUGGAGCAGAUCACCUUGCUCAUCAGCACACUCCACGGCACCUACCAGAACCUGAACAUGACGGUGGCGCAGGACUGGUGCUUGGCACUGCAGAGGAUGAUGAGGGUGAAGGAGGAGGAGAUCCACUCGGCCAACAAGUGCCGCCUCCGCCUCCUGCUCCCUGGCAAGCCGGACAAGUCCGGCCGGCCCAUCAGCUUCAUGGUGGUCUUCAUCACGCCCAACCCGCUGAGCAAGAUCGCCUGGGUCAACCGGCUGCACUUGGCCAAGAUCGGGCUGCGGGAGGAGAACCAGCCCGGCUGGCUCUGUCCCGAGGAGGACAAGAAGAGCAAAGCGCCCUUCUGGUGCCCCAUCCUGUCCUGCCACGUGCCCGCCUUCUCCUGCAAGGCCCUCGACCUGCAGCUCGCCGCCGCCGUGCACGCGCCCGUGCAGUCCUCGCUGCUGGGCUUCUCCGCCGUGAGCACCUCGCUGCCGCACGGCUACCUCUGGGUCGGCGGGGGCCAGGAGGGCGCCGGUGGCCACGUGGAGAUCUUCUCACUGAACCGCGCGGCGCCCCGCACCGUCAAGUUCUUCCCGUUGCCCUCGCCGGUGCUCUGCAUGGAGUACAUCCCCGAAGCCGCCGGCCCCCGCGAGCAGCCSGCCGGCCCGGCCAUCUACCUGGGCUUGCGGGACGGCAGCAUYGUGGCGUACGGCAGCGUGGACGCGGGCACGCAGCGCCUGCUGAGCCGCCGCAGCCCCGGCGCGCAGCCCGUGCUCUGCCUCAAGCACGGCCCCGACUACCUCUUCGCCGGCCUGCAGGACGGCACCGUGGCCGCCUACGCCCGGAAUGACGGAAGCCCGGAGCGCCUGGCGGAGCAGCCGGCGCGCGUGGCCGUGGGCAGCGGCCCCGUGCGGGCGCUGCUGGCCCUGGACGAGAGCCUCUGGGCCAGCUGCGGCAACCGCGUCACCGUCCUGGACGCCGCCACCCUCCAGCCGCAGCAAACGUUCGAGGCGCACCCGGAGGCGGCCGCCGCCGUGACGCACAUGAUCCGGGCGGGCAGCGGCGUCUGGAUGGCCUUCGCCUCCGGCUCCUCCAUCCGCCUCUUCCACACGGAGACCCUGGAGCACCUGCAGGAGAUCAACAUCGCCACGCGCACCACCUUCGUGCUGCCCGGCCAGAAGCUCGUGCACGUCACCAGCCUGCUCAUCUGCCACGGCCUCCUCUGGGUGGGCACCGACCAGGGCAUCAUCGUCCUGCUGCCCGUGCCGCGGCUCGAGGGCAUCCCCAAAAUCACCGGCAAAGGGAUGGUGUCKCUCAACGGCCACGGCGGCCCCGUGGCCUUCCUGGCCGUGGCCCUGAGCACCCUGGCACCUGAUGUCCUCAAGAACGAGCGGGAGGAAGAGGAAGGCGGYGGCGAGGAAGAGGAGGAGGAAGAGGAAGAGGAGGAGGAGCCGGCCGCGCCGGCRCCGGGAGAAGGGCGGAAAAAAGGGAUUUUGCUGCAGUACCGCCUGCGCUCCACGUCGCACCUGCCCGGGCAGCUGCUGUCGGUGCGGGACGCGGCGGGCGGCGCGGCGCCGGCGCCGCCCGCCGAGGAGGACGGCUCCGUCUACGAGGUGGCCGACGACCCCGACGUGUGGGUGCGCAGCCGGGCCGGCCCCCGCGACGCCCCCCGCAAGGAGAUCUCCUCGCUGGCCGUGGUGUCCGGCGGCCGCGGCUACCGGCGCUUCGGCAGCGCCGGCCCGGCGCCCGCCGGCGGCACCGACGGCACCCUGCUCAUCUGGCAGCUCCCGCUCACCCUAUAGCACAAAACACACUAUUU